AAAUAGUAGUGUCUCAUCCGCAUGGCAUUAAUGUUACAUGUACGUACGGAAAAGUGACAAAAACACAGAAGAAGAAAAAUACACUCAAAUCCCCAAAAUCUCACUCCAUCAAAACCCUAAUUCUGUCGCUGCUACGUGAGUUGUUUCUCUCAUCAAAAUCUCACUUUCUACCUCACUGUUUAUGCAUACUUUUGACUCUGGAUGACAUGGAUGGACAUAUAUAUCAAUAUAGUUCUGAUUCACAGUUGCCACCAUCUGAUAUACAAGGAACUCACGGUUAUGUUCCGUAUUUAGCGGAGAAUACCUUUUCUCAACAGCAUUUGGUAAAACUAGAAGAUCAUGCUAGCUAUUCUCUUCCUCAGUGGACCGGAUACCAGCAUUUGGCUCCCAAUUAUGUUGAUUAUCUGUUAGGAAACGAUAAAGGAAUUCCAUACGGAAGCACCGAGAUUGGAUGCAGUUUUCCGCCUAAAGAAUAUUUUCUCAGCAUGGAUGCCCAUCAGGCAGAGCUACAUCCAUAUCAAGUACCGAAUGAAGUUGUUCAACACCAACCAAAUAUGUCAGCAUCAACCUCAAAAAUCCCAACCAAAUCACGCAAGACAUGUUCGAGAAAGAAGGCCUAUGAAUCAGAUCGUCGUCGAAGAACAAGGAUUUCAGCAGCACUAGAUGCACUGGGCCAUUUGCUUCCGCAGUCUAAGGAGGGAAGUAAAGCAAAUGUGAUUGAUGAUUGCAUAGACUAUAUAAAGUAUUUGCAGCUUCACAUGAGGGAAUUGAGUCAGAACAGAUUGAGGGAACCGACUUCUAAUUACUUGUUGUAUCUUGAGGGAUGUGGCGCUUACCUUGUUCAUGAAAACACGGCUACUGGACCGUUACAAGACAUGUUGGGAAAGUUGUUGGAUGAGAAUCCGUCCGAAGUUACCAAGUUAUUAGAAAGUCGAGAUCUUUUCAUGAUGCCUACUGCUCCUAAUUGAGACGCUAGCAACCAAAUCAUGUUUAAUACAGUAUUUUGGUGAAUGGGUUGGUUCGACGUUAACUUCUAAACGGGUUGAUUCAGGGUAUGUACUAAUGUGUAAUCUCUAAGACAAAACGGAAAAGGUGCUUAAUAGAAAACGGGUCAAAUGUGUCAAUGGGCAACAUUGGUCACUAUUUUCUAAAUAUAUCUUUUGGACAAAAAA